CAUUGUGACAUGUGCCAGGAGUUGUUACUGAGGUUGUCGUUACUGAAACAGGAGAGGUUGAAUGAACAGGGCCAGAUGUGACUGAAACAGGAGAGGUUGAAUGAACAGGGCCAGAUGUUACUGAAACAGGUGGAGAGGUUGAACCAACAGGGCCAGAUGUUACUGAAACAGGUGGAGAGGUUGAACCAACAGGGCCAGACGUUACUGAAACAGGUGGAGAGGUUGAACCAACAGGGCCAGACGUUACUGAAACAGGUGGAGAGGUUGAACCAACAGGGCCAGACGUUACUGAAACAGGUGGAGAGGUUGAACCAACAGGGCCAGACGUUACUGAAACAGGUGGAGAGGUUGAACCAACAGGGCCAGACGUUACUGAAACAGGUGGAGAGGUUGAAUCAACAGGGCCAGACGUUACUGAAACAGGAGGAGAGGUUGAAUCAACAGGGCCAGAUGUUACUGAAACAGGAGACGUUGAAUCAACAGGGCCAGAUGUUACUGAAACAGGAGGAGAGGUUGAAUCAACAGGGCCAGAUGUUACUGAAACAGGUGGAGAGGUUGAAUCAACAGGGCCAGAUGUUACUGAAACAGGUGGAGAGGUUGAAUCAACAGGGCCAGACGUUACUGAAACAGGUGGAGAGGUUGAACCACCAGGGCCAGACGUUACUGAAACAGGUGGAGAGGUUGAUUCAACAGGACCAGACGUUACUGAAACAGGUGGAGAGGUUGAACCAACAGGACCAGACGUUACUGAAACAGGUGGAGAGGUUGAACCAACAGGGCCAGACGUUACUGAAACAGGAGGAGAGGUUGAAUCAACAGGGCCAGAUGUUACUGAAACAGGAGAGGUUGAAUCAACAGGGCCAGAUGUUACUGAAACAGGAGAGGUUGAAUCAACAGGGCCAGAUGUUACUGAAACAGGAGAGGUUGAAUCAACAGGGCCAGAUGUUACUGAAACAGGUGGAGAGGUUGAAUCAACAGGGCCAGAUGUUACUGAAACAGGUGGAGAGGUUGAACCAACAGGGCCAGACGUUACUGAAACAGGUGGAGAGGUUGAACCAACAGGGCCAGACGUUACUGAAACAGGUGGAGAGGUUGAACCAACAGGGCCAGACGUUACUGAAACAGGUGGAGAGGUUGAAUCAACAGGGCCAGACGUUACUGAAACAGGAGAGGUUGAAUCAACAGGGCCAGAUGUUACUGAAACAGGAGAGGUUGAAUCAACAGGGCCAGACGUUACUGAAACAGGUGGAGAGGUUGAACCAACAGGACCAGACGUUACUGAAACAGGUGGAGAGGUUGAACCAACAGGACCAGACGUUACUGAAACAGGUGGAGAGGUUGAACCAACAGGGCCAGACGUUACUGAAACAGGAGAGGUUGAAUCAACAGGGCCAGAUGUUACUGAAACAGGAGAGGUUGAAUCAACAGGGCCAGACGUUACUGAAACAGGAGAGGUUGAAUCAACAGGACCAGAUGUUACUGAAUCAGGAGAGGUUGAAUCAACAGGGCCAGAUGUUACUGAAACAGGAGAGGUUGAAUCAACAGGGCCAGAUGUUACUGAAACAGGAGAGGUUGAAUCAACAGGGCCAGAUGUUACUGAAACAGGAGAGGUUGAAUCAACAGGACCAGAUGUUACUGAAACAGGAGGAGAGGUUGAAUCAACAGGGCCAGAUGUUACUGAAACAGGAGAGGUUGAAUCAACAGGGCCAGACGUUACUGAAACAGGAGAGGUUGAAUCAACAGGACCAGAUGUUACUGAAUCAGGAGAGGUUGAAUCAACAGGGCCAGAUGUUACUGAAACAGGUGGAGAGGUUGAAUCAACAGGGCCAGAUGUUACUGAAACAGGUGGUGAGGUUGAAUCAACAGGGCCAGAUGUUACUGAAACAGGAGAGGUUGAAUCAACAGGGCCAGACGUUACUGAAACAGGAGAGGUUGAAUCAACAGGGCCAGAUGUUACUGAAACAGGAGAGGUUGAAUCAACAGGGCCAGAUGUUACUGAAACAGGAGAGGUUGAAUCAACAGGGCCAGAUGUUACUGAAACAGGAGAGGUUGAAUCAACAGGGCCAGAUGUUACUGAAACAGGAGAGGUUGAAUCAACAGGGCCAGAUGUUACUGAAACAGGAGAGGUUGAAUCAACAGGGCCAGACGUUACUGAAACAGGAGAUGUUGAAUCAACAGGGCCAGAUGUUACUGAAACAGGAGAGAUUGAAUCAACAGGGCCAGAUGUUACUGAAACAGGUGGAGAGGUUGAAUCAACAGGGCCAGACGUUACUGAAACAGGUGGAGAGGUUGAUUCAACAGGACCAGACGUUACUGAAACAGGUGGAGAGGUUGAACCAACAGGACCAGACGUUACUGAAACAGGUGGAGAGGUUGAACCAACAGGGCCAGACGUUACUGAAACAGGUGGAGAGGUUGAAUCAACAGGGCCAGACGUUACUGAAACAGGUGGAGAGGUUGAACCACCAGGGCCAGACGUUACUGAAACAGGUGGAGAGGUUGAACCAACAGGGCCAGACGUUACUGAAACAGGUGGAGAGGUUGAACCAACAGGACCAGACGUUACUGAAACAGGUGGAGAGGUUGAACCAACAGGGCCAGACGAGAGGUUGA